UUUUUGGAAAUCUCACUUUUCUCACUUUAAUCCAUGCUUUGGAUUGCGCCAGCACCUCUACACGGCAGAAAUCCUUAACAGGGGUCAAAUAACUAAGCAGCGGCAACCUCGCAAAUGCUUUUACAAUCAUGGACACGUCGUCUGCCUUCUACGCCUCGUGGCCCAGGUGACGUUGUCAGACUGUCUCUUUAUGAAUAGGAAUAUAGAUAUAGUUUGUGAGACAAUCGUGAGAUAGGAAAUAGUAGAUUCAUGUGUGUUCAAGCAUUCUAUCUGGUAGAAUGCCCAUUAAUCAGUUCUGUAAUUUAGAAACAGGAAACUAUCUGUAAUAUUCUGAGUUGAUCCGGCAACAGCGCUGUAAAGGGACACGGCGACGUGCGUUGGUCCGUUGGUUUGACAGAAGAAAAUUUGGAAUUGGAACUUCUCUGGGAAGCAGGCAAGAAGAAAGGAGAGCAUUUCAGCGAUCCUCAAAGGCGAAUUUUGAAGCAAGUGUCUGACAUAGUCUUAAAUUUACAUAUUUGAGAACCAAGGUAUUCACAUUUACGAAAGCAAUAUGGACCAACCCAUGGAUCAGCUCAUGAAACUCAUCAAACCCGGCCGUCAAUUCGCUAAGGAUUCCAUCAGAUUAGUGAAAAGGUGUACAAAACCUGAUAGGCGAGGAAUUCCAGAAAAUCGCUGUUGCAACUGCCAUUGGUUUCUGCAUUAUGGGAUUCAUAGGAUUUUUUGUGAAACUAAUCCACAUACCUAUUAACAACAUCAUUGUUGGAUCAUAAUGUAUUUAUUAAUUUUGUUGUUUUUUUUUCAUAUUCAUUUAUUCCAUGUUCUUAAAGUAGUCAUCUGACAUUUCCAUUAUAUCUUAAUAAAGACCUUUUUCUAUGAGAAUGUUUUAUUCAUGACUUAUUGAUGAUAUAGACCAGGGAUUGAAGGUCCAUCCUCACAUACACAAAGCUUUAUUUAAUUUGAACUCUAAAUUUUAUACAUACAUACAGGGUGCUCAUUUGAAAACUUCCCACUACAGAUUUAUUGAAAACCACUGAUUAAAAAUAAAAACGCCUAGACACGUCAAAAGAUUUGUCAAAGGAAUCAACUUUUUAACCAAAAACUACUUGCAAUGGCUAGGCGACUAGUUUCCAGAUAAAUGGGGAUAUUGUGAAGAUGGCCUACUAGAUCUUCUGAUUUGUCACCAUUAGACUUUUUUCUAUGGGGUCACUAGAAAUCUAUUGUGUUUACUCCCCAAAUUGAAAGUUUCGAUGAAGUUAGUCAGCGCAUCAUCGAAAGCUGCGAUGAUAUCGCACAUG